AUGUCAGCAGAUUAUUUAAAUAUUAUUUACGGCAUGAUGGAUGAAAUAUCAUUAUUUCUACAAUCACCUCCGGUAAAAGGAGAGAACAUUAUGUUAUACCAAAAUGUCGAUUUUAAUAUAACCAAAGUAUUGUACCGUGAUACCAUGCAUUUAGUAUUAGAAUCCAGAAUAGUGGAUGGGUGUCGAGUGUUAUUGAAUAACGAAAACAUUAAUAGACUUAUGGACUUACAGUGUACUAUUAACAGUGCAAUAUCAAGAAAAAUAAAAACACGUUUACUAUUAAGCCAUCAAAUAGACCGCAUUAUACAAUACGCCGACAGUAAAUGGUCGGGCCCUAAAAUUCAACAAUCAAACAAUGAUGAAAUGGUAAAUUUUAUAAGAAGUUUGAACGACAUAGAAAUAUGUGAUACUAUUCCUAAAGGUGACAGUAAAUACAUAAGCGAGCUGAAGAAUUUAGCGUACAAUGUAAUAGUUGAUAGUUGGGUCAAGUCAUGGUCCAAAGACAUGCUUCAAAUUAAUGAAAAAGAAGAAGAAAUGUGCGAUGAAAAUGAUGGUCCAACAUUUUUCAAUACAACAGUGUAUAGCCAAGAAAAUAGUUAUAGUCCAUGGGCUUCACAAUGGCCGAAACCCAAUCACGUCAGAAAAUUAACUUAUAUUAAUAAUUUAUAAACAAUAACUUUAUAU